GGCAUAAGGGCUCAACAUCGGAACGCCCUGUAUUUUCAAACUUACCAAAUCUUGUGUACAUAUAUCGGAGAGGAUAGUCAACAUUACGACGUUUCUAUUCUCCCAAGAAUUUUGGAUUGACCGUGAAUUAUGUCUAGAGAGAAGGACACCGAACGGCAGUAUAAACUGGUCGUCGUUGGUGGCGGUGGUGUUGGAAAAUCUGCGUUAACUAUACAGUUUAUUCAGUCACAUUUCGUCUCCGAUUACGAUCCGACGAUUGAGGAUAGCUACCGAAAGCAAUGUGUGAUCGACGAAAGAGUUGCACAUUUAGAUAUUUUGGAUACAGCUGGUCAGGAGGAAUUCAGUGCCAUGAGGGAGCAGUACAUGAGAAGUGGGGAAGGAUUCUUAUUGGUGUUCUCACUUACAGAUAGGGCAAGCUUUGACGAAAUCAAUAAAUUUUACAAUCAAAUUUUAAGAGUAAAAGACAGAAGUGAAUUUCCCAUGAUAAUAGUGGGAAACAAAUCUGAUUUAGAACGCGAGAGAGUGGUUUCAUCUCAAGAAGGAAAUGAAUUAGGAAGGCAAUUGAGGAUCCCAUAUAUUGAAGCUAGCGCCAAAACGAGAACAAAUGUUGACGCUGCUUUCCACGACCUCGUAAGAGCAAUAAGGAAGUUUUAUGCUCAACACGAAGCGCCUCAGAAAAAACCGAAGAAGAAAAAAUGCAUUAUCUUAUAAAAUAACAAAGUUUACACUGAAAAAUCUGAGUAGCAUGUUAAAUGAUAAGUACUUUGUCGUUAGCACACAUAUAGUUGUGAAUGGUAAACUUUGUACAGGAAAGAUUGUACCCUGCAUUAUAAUUAGCUAUACCUGCAUGAAAACAUGAAAUGCGUUGAGCGUAGACGUCAUAUUAAUGCAGGAAGUUAUAUAAUAGCAGCUUUUCAUCAUCAUAAUAUAAUUUACCGUUCAAGACCAAUCUAAUAUAGUAUAAUGGCUUUCAAAUUUCGCUAUACCAUUCUUGUUUCAUUAUAUUUUUAGAAAUAGAUAAUUUCAGUCUAAAGGCA